AUGGUCCCAUUGGAAUAUCUUCCAUGUGAAGAAGACGAAGGCGGAGGCUCAAAAAUUAGGAACCGAAAGACAUACAGGGUUGUGUUUGAAACGCGAGGCCAAGCUUUUCGAUUGAGGAGCGAACACGAACUUCCAAACGUUGUUUUUGUUCCUGGUGUCAACGAUUAUAGAUAUGUUCUUAUCGAUUUUGAGCAUGGUAGUGAAGGUGGAUUAAAAGUAUCUGAACGGUUUGAAGGAUUGGGACGAUGCAACGCUCACGAAGAAUAA